AUGGCCAGUCUCAGGGACUUGACAGCACGACGACGACUUGAUUUGAGUCCGAUCACGACCUCUCUCACAGUCCAGCAGCCGUAUCCUACACAGACGCCUAUUUCUGCGCUCUCGUCGAAUUCGCUGAGCGCUCCUUUUGGCUAUCAUCCCGCGCCAUACACCCCAGCCAGCGCUGUGAGGCAGUAUAACCCCCAACAAUGGACCGCGUCUCCAAGCGUACCAUCGGACCAUACCAAUCACUUCGCAAGCCGGCAAGAAACAGAAGCUCCUGCCCCACCUCCAUACUCACCUCCUCGAAGCAGUCAGCCUUCUUCGCAGCGGACAUCGACAAUAUCAAACGAAGCUUCAGAAUCACUGUCGGGAGGUUCGCCCGCUGCUAGAGUCUCGCCGUCGAACAUAUACCGAUCGUCUCCAGACCCUGGCGCUCAACAUGCAUUUCCUCCUCCUCCACCGUCCGCCUCGCGCGCUCGAGCGGCGUCCAACGAUCGACCUCCUGGUAUAUUUAACCUUUCAGCUUUCACCAGAAGGAAUCAUGCUCAGGAAGUUCCAAGGCCUUCUCCAGAAAUGAAUGUGAACCAGCGAUUUGCCGAACAUAGACCCUCACCAGAAGCACCAGUAACCUCACGUUUCACAGACCAUAGACCUGUUCCAAUCAUCACUGAACCUCUCAGGCAAAACGAUAUACAGAUCCACUCUCAGCAAGUGCAGCUCCCUUUAGCUCAUGCUCCUGCCUCUCGUCGAGCUGCGUCUGCUGGGGCUAUUAGUACACCUUCAACGUCACGCUCACGUGGCUCAUCGACGACAAGAUGGGCCCCUGGAAUGCCACUACCACCACCUCCUCCUGUUCCCCCUCCACCUUCCCAAUCUCGGUCACAGAGUGUGUCGGGAUCUGAACGAAUCGUCUCGCCACCUACCAGGCGGCCGCCUGGGCUCAAUUCGAGUUUGGGUGCAUCCAGCUUGGGUCCGGUACCACCUACUCCGGCUGGUUGGGUAGACGAGGAUGUGGGAGGGCGCGGUAGAUCGCCAAAUCGGGCACUAACAAUUGAUACCUCGAGCGUUGCUUCAACUGCACCAUCUACGACGACCGGCGAAUCAAAUUCCGGUUCGAGUAAUUCGGGCUUAGCCAGAUCACAGCAUGUGAGAGGAGAAUCGCGAAGUAUUCGUGAAAGGAGAAGCGAGAGUAAAGCUCGGAGGGCUGUUGUAGAAGAAAGCUCGAAUAACCCUUGGGCGGAGGCUAUAACUCCCUCUGAUAUUUCUGUGCCCAGCACUAUGCUUGGACGUCGGCAAACUGUAAAAAGGACAACGCCAAGAAGUUCGAGAUUCGCGAGUGGUGGAGAAACACCUAAUUCUGCGGACACCCCUUAUUUGAACACUCCUGGUACUGGUUCGAGAGGAUCUACUCCUCGCCCAAUGGCGUCUGGAAAACGAAUCGAAGCGCCAACACCACCUUUCUCCCCUGGUCAAUCGAACUUGAUCCACGUUCAAAACUCCCCCUCGAUUCCACCUAAAGCUCUUCCAACACCACCUCCACAAUCUCGAUUACCCCUUGACUCCCCAGCUCGGCCAUACAAGAUUCAGACAAGUGAAUUGCCGUCGGCCGGACCACCCAACUCAUCAAGAGCAGGCUCGGUGGCCCCUCCCUCGCGUUCAUCAAGUGUUGGAGAUCCUUCCCUGCUUUCGCCGACUCAACAAUUUGCUCUGGGUUCGAUGGAACGGCAUAAAGCUUUCGCUAAGCGAGAAGCAGCUGCAGCUACGGACUCGGAACGUGUUCGUAUAUUUGCAGAGUUUUUCGUUGCAGAAUCGCGGCUCCGAAGGGAAAGAUAUGCGGGUGCUAUUGAUGCUAUGGGGUCGGAAAUACUUGAGCUUACCCGUGAUCUGUUUAGACCAUUUACAAAAGCAGAAAGAGAUUCUAGGGCAGUCUCCAGAUCGAGUGAAUGGACCCCAGAGUCAUCCACGGGACCUAUGAGUACACCAUUGAGAUCUCACAGAGGCUCUUUAGGAUCUGCCCUAAGUGAUGCCCCACAACGUCCUGCAGCGCCCACGCCGGACUCAGCAGAGCCUUCUCCUGCGGCUGGAAGACCAGAUUCACAGUGGUGGAAUGGUUAUAUGCCAUCCUUAUCACCAAUUCCCAGCAUGAGUGUUAGUGACGUACUAGAUGACGGCGAUUCGCGAGGUCGACCAUCCAGUAGAUGGUGGGAAGUCAGCCAGGAAGGUUCUCAAGGUACAGGUUCGAUGAGAAUCGAGAGAUCGAAACGCGAAUCUAAAUACAUGGGAAUGCCUCGUGAGCUUCGAGAAGCGUUACAGAAUGGAGAUCCAAGAGCGUUAGAGAACGGCGAGUCCACUCCAGGAGCAGGGCCAAGUCACAGAAAGAGUUAUGGACCUAAUGAAUAUCCUCCCGAAAAAACCGGUUUACACGAUCAACCAGAAUUCUCGGCUUCCUCUCAGACAUAUACACAGCAAGCAGCGAUGAUUUCACCAGCUGCCUUUUCACCAGCACUCUUAACUCCAAACCCUAAACAUCUCGAUGUGUCGCGACUUGUAACAUUACCACCUCCAUACCCACGGCAUCAUCCCGCUGUCAACAAUAAUCACCCAGAUCUGACCUCGAUUCGCUCAAAUGUGCGCAUUCUUAGUGACUUUACUGAAGUUGAAGCCACCAAACAACGCUUUUUGACCACUUCGGCCGCAACCAAAGAAGAAAAUAUCGCCACUGCAUCGAAACGAAGAGAUUCUCUCCGCUCAUCUAUACAACGUGAAAUCGCCGCUGGAACGAUGUCCUAUACGGACGCCGCAAACAUGGAGAAAACUGCUGAAGACUCCCAGAAGGAGCGUGAAAAGGAAGCGUCAAAAGCGGAUUUUGAGCUGUUCCAAUCUCAAGUUGUGAUGCCCUUGAAUGACCUUCUCAUGGAACGGGUCAAUAAAGCCACCGCACUCUUCGAGGAGCUUCGGUCGAAACUAUUUACCGACGCACAAGAGCAGUCACCCAAUCUCACUCAAGAAGAGGGCGAUGAACAACCCGAACUUCUUGAAAAGCUGACACUAUUAAAAUGGAUAUUUGAAGCUCGGGAACAGCUCCAAAAGGAACUUUUUGACUUACUCUCUGAUCGUAAUGACCGAUACCGCGACGUAGUCGUCAUGCCGUACCGUCUUGCGAAUAACGAGGCAAAACUCAAGCACGCAACAGAGUUCUUCGCAUCAGAUGCUCAAAAGCGCGCUGUAACCUUUGAAGCCGAAUCGCUGAAACGUACUGAAGAGUUUAUGGACAUCAUCGAAGAAAACGUCGUCCGAGGCGUCGAAGUCCAACUUUCCGCAUUCUGGGACAUCGCCCCUAACCUAUCUCGCGUCAUCAACAAAGUCCCUCAGGAUCUCAACAGUUUCCAAGUCCAGAUCCCCUCCCAAGAAUACGACGAAAACGUCAGCUACUGGGACUUCCCCAUGCAAUACCUCCACAGCCUCGUCGGCCACUGCGAGAAGAGCACAUACCAAUUCAUCGAAUCCCAGAUCAACCUCCUCUGUCUCCUCCACGAGGUCAAAGGCGUCGUCACCUCGAAAAACCUCAGCCUCAUGAAAGUCCAGCGCGUCGUGGCCGGGGAGAACGAGGAAGAGGUCGCCGCGGAGCUGAAAGAGGUGGAGAAGGAUGAGGAAUCCAGACUCACGGAUGAUCUUAAGGAGAAGGUUAGAUGUGUCGAGGAGCUCUGGAGUUCGGCGCUUGGGACGGAGAUUAAGGGGGUGAGGGAACGGCUUGCUUCGUUUUUGGUGGCGCAGGGGGGGUGGGUUGAGGAUGAUGAGUGA